UUCAGCCUCUGCGGCGGAACAUCCAUCGUCCUCGCGGUGAUGGCGGCUACGCCGAGUUCGCGUUAAGCUCAAGCUUCGGUCAUUUUUUGCGGAACUACACGAUUAAAAUUGACGAACUGCCGAUUCAUAACGUGCUAGAAGCAGAGUGUGUCAUCUUGGUCUAACUAAUUCAGGGCUUAGAUCAAGAUGACUAAUGAAGAACCUCUCCCGAAGAAGGUUCGCCUUAGUGAGUCCGACAUGAAGACCCUGACUAGAGAAGAGCUGUGUGCGAGGUGGAAACAGCAUGAAGCCUACGUCCAGGUGCUGGAAGCAAAAUAUGCUGAUUUAAACUCCAAUGAUGUGACUGGUCUGAAAGAGUCUGAGGAGAAGCUAAAGCAGCAACAGCAAGAGUCGGCGCGCAGGGAGAACAUUCUGGUGAUGAGGCUGGCCACUAAGGAGCAGGAAAUGCAGGAAUGUACUACCCAGAUCCAGUACCUGAAGCAAGUCCAGCAACCCAGUGCAGCUCAGCUGAGAUCCUCCAUGGUGGACCCAGCCAUCAACUUAUUUUUCCUCAAAAUGAAGGCUGAACUGGAACAGACUAAAGACAAACUGGAGCAAGCCCAAAAUGAACUGAGUGCCUGGAAAUUUACACCUGAUAGCCAGACCGGUAAGAAGCUGAUGGCGAAGUGCCGCAUGCUGAUCCAGGAGAACCAGGAGCUGGGCAGGCAGUUGUCCCAGGGCCGCAUCGCCCAGCUAGAGGCUGAACUCGCCCUGCAGAAGAAGUACAGUGAGGAGCUCAAGAGCAGUCAGGAUGAGCUCAAUGACUUUAUCAUUCAGCUGGAUGAGGAGGUAGAGGGCAUGCAAAGCACCAUCCUGGUUCUGCAGCAGCAGCUGAGGGAAACCAGGCAGCAGCUGUCUCAGCAAACCCAGGCCCAGGGCAACUCUAGUGGGGCCGGUCCCAGCAGGACUUCCCCCUCUCCCCCCUCCGCCUCAGAGCCGCCCUCUCAAACUGAAGCAGCGCCCACUGCCAGCUCUGCUGUGGGGAAAGACUGCGGGAGGGUGUCAAACGGACCCUCCAAUGGGAACUCGUCUCAGAGAGGUGCGUCUGGGUCCAGUCUGUACCGCGAAGCAAGCAGUGCAGAUGAGGAUUAUCCACUGUCGCCCUCAGUCUCCAGCCCCACCCAUGGGGGUGUGUCAAAACUCUCCAACCACUCAGAGGAUGCAGCGAGCCAAGGCGGUGGGGAAGGUUAUGUGACUCAGCUCAGUGCAGGUUAUGAGAGCGUGGACUCUCCAACAGGCAGCGAGACAUCAGUGACCCAGCACUCUAACGACACAGACUCCAAUGCUGACUCCCACGAGGCUGCUGCUGUCUCCAAGGGCAACAGGACGACAAGCACGCGCCACAGUGCUCAGAAUGGCCUGGACUCUGCUGCAGCUGCUGCUACGGUUGCCACCAACUCCUCAGUAGCCUCCAAUGCCUCCACAGGGUCGGUUUUGUAAUAUUCUUAACAUGUGUUUUUGUUGUUGUUUUUUUAUACUCAUGACAAAUAAAAGCCACACAUUUAGGGCCAGUUAGGUUUUGCUUAAGACAUUGAAAAUCCAAGAUGCACAUUUUUUUUAAACCUCUUUGUCAUAACUCUUCUUUUGCAACAUUUUUGCAACAUUUCAGAAAUGACGUUGAGCACCAGACAAAUGAAUACAUAGAUUUGAUUGGAUGUUAUUUUUUCCCCCCUUUUUUAAGGUUUUAAAACUUUCUCUCUUUGCAGCCUCAGCCAUGUGAACACCACUGUUUCUGUAAGCUUAAUUUGCUCACUCACUAAAGACAGAAGUCCUUUAUCAACUUUUGUUGUACCAUAAUGCUUGAUUAAGACGUGAAGCUGCAAGUUAUUUCUUCACAUGCCAUGCUGGUUCAGGUUGUCCUUAGUUUCUUGAUGUUAAACUUUUUAAAAAUUCUGUUUUUCUGUUCUUCCCUAUGACAAGAGAAGUUUGUUUAAUUUGUGUGUAGUUUUUUUCUGAGAUGUAUCUUGUCAGAUUCAUAUUCUGAUUUCAAUUCAUUUCAUGUACUGACCAAAUAUCAAUAAAGGCUUUUAAUGACACUA